AUGUACGAUUCUGCCGAGCGACUACAGAAGUCGGAAAAGUUAAGUUAUUUUCUACCUAAUCCCUUAUUUUUCUAUUUCUUUUUUCCCACACACACUCUCUCUUACUCUGUGUCUCUCUCUAUACUCUCUCCUUGCCUCUUUCUCUCAAGUACGCUCUCAACGGCACCUGCAAAAUUCGUGACGGGUCUUCAUCAAAUCUCUCUGUUGGUUUUCUCCCUUCAAAUAGUGGAAUAUAGGAGUGCCCUCAAUGUUUCCAGAUCUUUGUUAAAAGGGGGAUCAGUAUCUCAUGCUGAGGUCUUUGCGGAGACACAUAAGAAAAAGAAGAAAAACGGUUCAAGAAAAGGAUGGGUUGAGAUAUGUGCAUCGGAACAAUAUGAUGGAUAUCAUAGAAGCUUGGAUGAAUGGUGUCAGACGCAACCUACUUCUGAUGAUGGUAUCUCAAUCCAACGGUCACCCGAUGAUAUAGUUUCAAUAUGGACAGAUGUGGCAGGUGGUGUAUCCAAAGGAAGAGUUUACGGACUUGGAGUACACCGACCUUCCUCAUUUCGUCCAUCGCCAUUAUUUUCGGAUGCUCCUACUGCGCAAAAUCAGGAAGAAAUGGACACAAUGCGAAAGCAAAUUGAGUUGCUGUCGAAACGGUGUGAAACAGCCGAAACUCAAAUUGCUAGAGUGGAUAAAUUCAUGAAAAAACACAUGCCCCACUCUUAUGAUGAUGAAGAGACUAAAUCUAAUGCAUAGUAGUGGUUUAUGGUUGAUUACUAUUCUUGGAUGUUUAGAUUUAUACAUAGACUUUAUGGUAGAUUUGGAUAAUGUGGUAUAUAUGUUUAGACUUUAUUAUAUUAGUGUCGAUGUGUAUUAUCUACUUAGACUUGAUAUUGAAUAUUUAGACUUUAACAAAUAUUUUGUUUUGAUA